AGUUACAAUUCACAUAUCCUCGGCGCAUUGUUCCUCACCCACAAAUGAAAAUAUUGAGAUGACGUUCCAGACAAUAACAAUAACAAAUUUACAUUGCUGUAUCGCAGAGAGUAAAAAUUGAUAAAAUGAAUUCAUUUUUCACUUCAGUUCGUCUUACCUUCGACAAUCGCGAAUCUAUCAUAAAAGACACAUUAGUCAAAGAAUUCUCGGAAAAUGUCAAAGAAAUUCAAUACGAAAAUAAGGAAAAUGCUACAGACAAUGAACCCAUGAAAUUGUCAGACUGUACGAGUUCAAUGUGUAACACACUUGAGGCGAUAUUUCUGCACGGACUCAAAGAUUCAUUUCUACGACAAACCAUCAGUGUUUUGGCUGGUGGAGAAAUUGAUCGUCGACCAGAGCCAAAUUUUUGGCCACCGUUACUAGUGAUUCUGCAUAAGGAAACUAUUGCUCAAGUUCAAUCGCGCAAUCAACUUCACACAGACAUUGGUUUUUGUCGAUCAUGGAUACGUCAAUCAUUGAACGACAAUAUCCUAUCAUCGUAUGUGUCCACAAUUCGACGGAAUCAAUCAGCUUUGAAUCCAUACUACAAAAAGAUUGCAUUCAUGCGAGACCAAGAUCGGUUGGAACUCAUCGAAAGACUACUCACAGGAAUUGAAACGGACAUCACGUUUUCCCUACCACUCAAUUCCAGUUUAUUAAAUCAAUGGACCGAUCAACCACUACAAUUGGCUGGCUUGUACACACCGUCGUUGCGAGCAUGUCCAAUCACUUCCGGUAUUGACAUAGCCAGUUCGUUAAUAGAACCAGAGUAUCAUUCGCCGAACGAUGCUAUCGUUGAAGACGAUUGUGUAGUGGAAGUUUUCGAGGAGGAAAAAUUACAGGCGCAACAAUCAGAAUUGGAUGAAGACGACAAGUUGCAGCUUUUAUUACAAAAAGUCGACAAUGCUUCAACGUCCCUAGAAAAUGGUACCCAAAAAGCGGUCGAAAUAGAGCAAUCGAGCAAAUCGCUUCAAGAGAUCGAGGACCAAAAACCACUGUCCUUGGCUGUUACAUCUAAUGUAGCGCUGAGUCGUUCGAAUAGCAUGACCACAUCGGUAAGCUCGCUCCGAUCACCGUUGGAUCGACACAGUUUCAGCACAUUACUAGAUCGACACAACGAUAAGUGUAGUGUUUAUUCGCGCAGCAUCAACCUUAAAGACAUGUGGUAUCGAUACCAGAUAAGUUCGUUCACCCAGCCUACCGAUCAAACCGAAUGUCCUGAUAUUGACAUUGCCGAUGAGACGCCCGAGAAUUUAGGAUUUGAAAUAGUCGACGUUACCGGCAAUUAUUCGCCUAGUGAAAUUCAGAAAUUCGUACAGUUGGCCUGCCGGUUAGCUAGGGAGAAGGGAUUGGAUAAACAAAGUUUCAUUUGUAAAUCGUGUCCGACACCGCUGGGAAUAGGCGAUGCGACACGUGUUUGCGCAUUCACUGGAGAUUAUUACUGUGAGUCAUGCAUGGAUAGUCGCGAUGUACACUACAUACCAGCCAAAAUACUUUAUAAUUGGGACUUCAAUCGAUAUCCGGUGUCGAAGUGGGCUUCCAAAUUCUUAUUCGACACCGAAUUCGUGCGUUUCUACGAUUUGGAACUUCUCAACCUAAAUGCGUACCAUGCAGUAGAAGAGCUACAAUUGAUGCGAUCGUUUCGCCUGCAACUCAAAUAUCAACGAGAAUACCUACUCCAAUGUCGCAUCAAGCCAUUCCUCGAGAACUCAAAUUUCCAAUUCGCUCAUUUCAACUUCGAACGAAUCGACUGGUAUUCGCUGAAUGAUUUUUUGAGCAUCGGUGACAUGCUGAAAAAAUUGCAAUCGAUAGCCAAAGACGGUCGUAGUCAUAUUAUUAAUUGCGAAUGGUGUCGACAUUCGGCGUGCAUUUGUGAAAUAUGUUCCGAUGACGAAGUGAUUUUCCCAUUCGAUGUGGAGGUGACAUAUCGGUGCGAUCAAUGUGCUGGAGUGUUUCAUCUGACCUGUUUGGAUGAGUCGAAACCGUGUCCGAAAUGCGAGCGUAAAACGAAACAUGAACUGAACAAGUGGACCGAGGAUGAAAUUGAUGAUGAGGUGGAAAGUGUGGAACCAGUUGUAGAAGCUGUUCCGUGAAUGUACUACACACUGGUCUGACUACGACGUUUAUGAAAUUGAGAAUCUACCCUAAAUUACUGUCAGGAACAUUUUCAAGUUACCAGGAUGUGUUCGUCGAUUGUGGCUGCGAUUUCAAAAAUAUUAUUUUUACAAAAAUGAUUUAUUUAUUGUUCGAUUUUACAAUAUAUGUUCGGUGAACAUAAAACACUUCUUUAAACUUUU